AGUGGGGGCCCUAGAGACAGGACUAAGAACGGUGAAACAUGAUUUCUUUGCGAUUGUAACCCAAGAGAGUUCUCCCUUGGCUAUGGCUAAACUUAUCCAAGACCCACAGAUUGCGCAAUCCUGCCAAGACAAAGCUUACUGAAACGGCACUGCACACAAUCAGAUCAACUAGCUUGUUUCCACAUAUCCCUUACCUGCAUAUUCACAUUGAGGGCCACACUAUAUCACCGGCGGUUAACAAGUUUCAAUUUCACUCAUAAAAACAUAAACACAAAAACAUCUAGCAGUCUUCAAUAUUAUAUGAGCAAUAUGGCACUCCCAAAGCUUAAGCUCAUCUUCACCCUUUUCUUCCUUCAAACCCUCCUCACAUCCCCUACAUCAAUCCAAGCAGCCCCAGCAAACUCAGAUCUCUUCAGAGAAUACAUAGGAGCUGAAUUCAAGAAUGUCAAGUUUUCUGAUGUCCCCAUUAACCCAAAUGUUGAAUUCCACUUCAUUCUCUCAUUUGCCAUAGACUAUGACACCUCCUCCUCUCCCACCAAUGGAAAAUUCAAUGUCUUCUGGGACUCUGAUAAUCUUAGCCCUUCCCAAGUUUCCUCCAUCAAAAAUCAGCAUUCAAAUGUCAAAGUGGCCUUUAGCCUAGGAGGAGACACUGUGAAUGGUGUCCCUGCUGAAUUCAAGCCUUCCUCAAUUGACUCAUGGGUUUCCAAUGCUGUUUCUUCUCUCACAGGCAUCAUUCAGCAGUACAAUUUGGAUGGAAUUGACAUUGAUUACGAGCACUUCAGCGCAGACCCUGCUACCUUCUCCGAGUGCAUUGGGAAGCUUAUAACAACCCUCAAGAACAAUGGAGUGAUAUCAUUUGCUUCCAUUGCUCCCUUUGAUGAUGACCAAGUUCAGAGCCACUACUUGGCCUUGUGGAAGAGCUAUGGCCACUUGAUAGACUAUGUGAAUUUCCAGUUUUACGCAUACGAUCAGGGAACCACAGUGUCUCAAUUCAUCAAUUACUUCAAGACACAAAGCUCCAAUUACAACGGUGGGAAGGUCUUGGCAAGCUUUAUCAGUGAUGGGAGUCGUGGACUGUCCCCUGAGAAUGGUUUUUUCACUGCCUGUGACACGCUCAAGAGUGAGCAACAACUUCAUGGUAUAUUUGUUUGGUCUGCAGAUGAUUCCAAGGCAAUUGGUUUCCGCUAUGAAGAGCAAUCACAAAAUUUCUUAGCAACCCCCAACUAGUACUAUAUUAUCUUAUAUAUUUAGCUUCUAUAUGAAUAUGAUUAAGAAGUAGGCUCUGGAAUUGGAUUCCUGGGUAUUGUAAUGCUUGUUGUACUUCUAUUUACCUGGAGUUAUAUACAUAUUUCAGAUUGUGUUGUUUGAGUGUGUAAGAUCGCUAUAUUCUAUAAAAUUUGCUGAUUUUCACA